AUGGAUCACCCUCCCCCCCCCACAGAUCACCCUCACGGAUCACCCUCCCCCCCACCCACAUGGAUCAACCCCCCCCCCACGGAUCCCCCUCCCUCCCCGAUCACCCACAUGGAUCACCCUCCCCCCACCCUCAUGGAUCACCCUCACGGAUCACCCCCCCCCCCCACACACGGAUCCCCCUCCCUCCCUGAUCACCCUCAUGGAUCACCCCCCCCACGGAUCACCCUCAUGGAUCACCCUCCCCCACCCACAGAUCACCCUCACGGAUCACCCUCCCCCCCACCCACAUGGAUCAACCCCUCCCCCCCCCCCCCCCCCACGGAUCCCCCUCCCUCCCCGAUCACCCUCAUGGAUCACCCUCAUGGAUCACCCACAUGGAUCACCCUCAUGGAUCACCCUCCCCCCACCCUCAUGGAUCACCCUCAUGGAUCACCCUCACGGAUCAUCCUCAUGAAUCACCCUCAUGGAUCACCCUCAUGGAUCACCCUCACGGAUCACACUCAUGGAUCACCCUCAUGGAUCACCCUCAUGGAUCACCCUCAUGGAUCACCCUCACGGAUCACACUCAUGGAUCACCCUCAUGGAUCACCCUCCCCCCACCCUCAUGGAUCACCCUCAUGGAUCACCCUCACGGAUCAUCCUCAUGAAUCACCCUCAUGGAUCACCCUCAUGGAUCACCCUCACGGAUCACACUCAUGGAUCACCCUCAUGGAUCACCCUCAUGGAUCACCCUCACGGAUCACACUCAUGGAUCACCCUCAUGGAUCACCCUCAUGGAUCACCCCCCCCACCCUCAUGGAUCACCCUCAUGGAUCACCCUCAUGGAUCACCCUCAUGGAUCACCCUCAUGGAUCACCCUCAUGGAUCACCCUCAUGGAUCACCCUCAUGGAUCACCCUCAUGGAUCACCCUCACGGAUCACACUCAUGGAUCACCCUCAUGGAUCACCCUCCCCCCACCCUCAUGGAUCACCCUCAUGGAUCACCCUCACGGAUCAUCCUCAUGA